AACGGUGAGCAGGAGUGAAUGACCGGCCACCUCAGCGGACAAGCUCCCCUGUUCAUCCGCCGGCCACAGAGGACGAAAAGGCUGCCGCCGCCGCUGCAGAUCACACCGCCCUUUCCCAGCCUUUCUGCAGCCUCCCUCUGUCCUCUCUUUCUCUCUCAUCUCUCUGGCGCUGAAUCUUGAGAGAGUGAGAGGUGGAAGGGGGUAGCUUCCAUCGUUUUCGCUGCAGAUUUUGGCUGCGGCGCUGUGUCCUCUGCGGUUCUGUCCCCCGUGCUUCACCACCAACCGAAUCCCAGGAGGGGAGGCUGAUGCCCUGUCCGGCAGUUCGGUUCUGAGCUGAACUGAACUGGAGAGAGAGCACAGUCUGGAAUAUGUUUGGUUUCUCGCGGCGCCGGGUGAAACUUGGAAGGUUGAAGGGUGACUAUAAUGAUUCUUUGAACAGCUCUAGGAGUCUUGCUUUCCCCACGAAACAGCUCAGCCUACCCAAUGGGGAUGACGCUGCUACAACAUCAGUGAGCGGCCGCGCAGAUGAUCUUUCCUACCGCUGCUCUUCAGAUACUUUCGAUCUCGACAGUCGUUCUUUCAAUAUUUCUGAAAACUGGACUGUGUUGUCCACUGAGGGAGACAAACCUAUUCCUCGUUUCUAUCAUGCAGCGGCCAUUGUAAGUAGCAAGAUGGUAGUGUUCGGUGGUGAUUCUGGUCGUCACUUAUUAGAUGAUACCAAGAUACUGAAUUUAGAGAAGCUUAGCUGGGAUUCUGCACCGCCUAAAGUUCGCCCAUCACCAAGCGGACGUUCUACCAAGUUGCCAGCCUGCAGAGGUCAUUGCCUGGUUCCAUGGGGAAAUAGUGUCAUUCUUGUCGGUGGUAAAACUGAGCCUGCUUCUGAUCGUUUAUCAGUAUGGAUUUUCAAUACUGAAACAGAACUUUGGUCCCUUGUUGAAGCCAAGGGCGAUAUCCCUGAAGCUCGAAGUGGCCACACAGUGAUCAGAGCUGGUGCUAGAUUGAUACUUUUUGGCGGUGAGAACACAAAAGGAAAGAAACGGCAUGACCUUCACAUGUUUGAUCUGAAAUCAUCAACAUGGCUUCCAUUGAACUAUAAAGGCGCUGGACCUUCUCCGAGAUCCAAUCAUGUCGCUGCACUGUAUGAUGAUAGGAUCCUCCUGAUUUUCGGAGGCCACUCAAAAUCUAAGACCCUUAACGACUUGUAUUCUUUAGAUUUUGAGACAAUGGUAUGGUCAAGAGUGAAGACUCAUGGUCAUCACCCAUCACCCCGAGCAGGUUGCAUUGGAGCUCUGUGUGGAACCAAGUGGUACAUAGCUGGUGGCGCAAGCAAGAAAAAACGACAAGUGGAAACCUGGGUUUUCGAUAUCCUACAAUCUAAGUGGUCUGUUUGUGUAGUACCUCCUAGUUCAUCAAUAACUUCAAAGAAAGGUUUCAGUAUGGUUCCUUUCUACCACAGGGACAAGAUUGCUCUUAUUGCUUUUGGAGGGAACAAAAAAGAGCCGUGCAACAAGGUUGAAGUAUUUGUGGUACUGCAAAAUGAGCAUUCUUUUAGUUGGCGGUCAGCCCCAGAAGUGGACCGUGUGCUGUAUGAGUAUUCCCCGAGUAAUAAGGAGCUCGUCGAUCAUCUCAACAAGUGUGCCCCCUUGUACUCUAACUGUUCCGUCGCAAGGCAUAGUCUCACUUCUGUGGUAGAACAGCCACCUAGAAGGGAACUCCUCUCUGAGUCAUUGUUGAAGCAACACAAUUUAGGGACUUCACUCCAUGGGAAUUUGGACCAGGUAGAAGAGUGCAGCUUAGCUCAAAAACUGCAGAAACCGAUCGAUGAUGACAGAUAUGAUGAUGCCGAUGACUCUUCUUCAUGUCAAGAAAGCACUCCAAAAGGGCAUCGGAGCACAAGGACAGGAGCUGGUAUUCAGAAUGACAUUGCACACAUAGAAACUAUGGUGACUGGGGGAUCAAAUGUAAGAAGGAUCGCUAGAUGCUCUUCAGAAGUGAGCCAAAGUCACCUAUACAACACAAAGAUAGCAGAUUUGAUAAGAAGAAACACCGUGCUCCAAGACCAGCUUGCGACCGCAUUGGCAAGCAAAGACCAGUUGGAUAAGAGCCUAUCUUCGGUCAUUCAAAGCAGGGAGCAGCUGGAAAAAAUGCUUGCCAACAAGGAUAAGGAGAUGGAGAUCUUAAAAGAGAAGAUAGCAGGCCUAGAGCUGGCUCAAGAAGAGUCAAACAGCCUCUCGAACACGGUCCACGCUGAUAAUGUGCGCCUCGAGCGUGAGGUGGCAUUCCUGAAGGCCGUCACGGAUGAGACCCAGAAGGAGCUGCAUUCCACUCGCAGGGUUUUGGCAGGAGAACAGUCGCGCGCGUUCCAGCUCCAGGUUGAAGUGUUCCAUCUCAAGCAAAGGCUGCAAAUACUGGAGGGAAGAUCAGGGACGCCCACUAAACAACCCCAAUAACAUGUAGUGGUCACGUCUCUACAUUUUGUGGACAGCAAUUGUUGCGAGUCUACAACAUCGCUGUGUAAAUCGUGCUUUUGUGCAACAAGUUUUUUGUCUUCUCUCUCUCUCUCUCUCUUUGAUCUUAUGCAACAAUAGGUAAAAUGUGUCACCAUGUUACAUCUGUUGAUAUGUAAUUUGCGGGUAUAUGAUAAAAUUAUAAAUAACUGAUGGAUUGAACGCAGGCUCUAUUCGAUGUUCAGAUGUACAUUGCAUGUAUUAUAUUCC